AUGGAUGAAUUUAAUAAUGUUAAGAAAAUUAAUAAGAAAAUCUAAAAUGAAUAAUCGAGAAAUAAAACAUAUUUUUAAUAUUAAGGCACAAAUGAAUAAAAACAUAAUCGUUUCUUAUCUUUAGAUUUUAAUAAUUUAAUAACUUAAUAAAAUUAAAAUCAAUUUUAAUUUGAAGAAAUCGCUUUUUCAUAAAACGAUAAUAUAAUUGAAAAAUAAAUUAUUGUAGAUUUUUCAAAUAUUAACUAAGUGGUAAAAAAAGACUCUUUUAAUUAUAUAAAUGCUUAAUAGGAUGGAAAAUAAUUAAUUAUAAAUGAACCUUUAUAUGCUGCGAAUUCUGAAGUAUAAAAAAUAAUAGAUUAAGUGAAAGAAAAUUAAAAUUAAAAAAAAGCUGGUUAGUAUUUCCAUUAAAUUCAAAGUUUAUAAAAUUCUAAGGAAAAGCCUAUUCCAAAUUUAGAUUUUAAAGGGGAUAAUAAUACAUUUUUGCAAAAGGAAUUUAAUGCAUAUUCUAAUUCUCAUAUAAAAACAAGCUCAGUUGAUUUUGGAAAUUUAUUAAAAAAUAAUAAUUAAGGAGUUUAAGAAAAAUAACUUCCUCUAAGUUAUAAUUCCUCUAAACUCAUUUCGAAUCAAUAAGAAAUUAAAAAUGAGAAUACUGUAUAAGACAUUUCUAUUAUUAAACUUAGCAAGCGUGUUACAAAUAGCCCUGAUUUAAAUGAUAGAAAUUUUGGAAUAUAAAAAAUAUUGUAAAAUUAUAAUUAACAUAAUAUAAAAACCAAUAUUAAACAGUUUGAUAAUUUAGAAUUUUAAAAAAAUUAAAACUCAUAAACGAAAAUUUAAAAGUUUAAGAGUAAAAAUUAAUAUGAAAAUGAUAGUAUUAAAUAUAUAAAUUUAAAAAUAAAUAAUAGCUUAAAGAAUAUAAAUAAUAUUUCUUUAAAUAAAUAAAAUUAAUUAAUUAUAUAAGAUAGUAUAGAUAUUUAUAGAAAUUAAAAUAAGGAAUAAUUUGAUAUAAAUAUAUUUUAAUAUAAUUAACAACCUAGAAAUUAUAAUAAUCGCUUUUUUUUUUUAGAUUAAUUUGCUAUAGGAAAAAAGCUUGGAAGUGGGAAAUUUUCAGAUAUAUAUUUAGCUAUGGAUAAUAAAACAGGUUUAAAAGUAGCAUUGAAAUAAAUAAAGAAAUCUAAAAUAAUAUAGUAUAAAAUGGUAUAAGAUAUAUGCAACGAAAUAAAAGCUUUAACAGUUUUAGAUCAUCCAGGAAUAAUUAAAUUGUAUGGAUUUUUUUAUGAAAAAGAUGCUUUUUAUAUAGUAUAAGAACUUGCUUGUGGAAAUGAACUUUUUCAAGACAUGAAAUAAUAGUAUGAUAAAAAGUAUAAUGAAUAAUAAACUGCUAAUUAUAUACAUUAAUUAAUCUAAAUUUUAUAAUACAUUCAUUCAAGAAAUAUAGUUCAUAGAGAUAUUAAACCUGAAAAUAUUAUGAUAUCUAAUGGUAUUAUAAAAUUAUGUGAUUUUGGAUGUUCGGGAACAGUUAAAAAUAAUUAAUUAAGGUAAACUUUUUGUGGAACUGCAGAUUAUAUAAGCCCUGAGAUGGUUCAAAGAAAAUAAUAUGACUUUUCAGUUGAUAUUUGGAGUUUAGGUAUCUUAACAUAUGAAUUAAUUUUUGGUAAAGCACCAUUUACCGCUUUUAAUAAUGAUGCAACUUUUAAUAAAGUCCUAAAAGUAUUAUUAAUAUUUUUUUAAAUUUAAUUUAAAAAUUAAGGGAAAUGUUAAAUUUCCAGGACCUAUUUCGUUCGAAGGAGCAGAUUUUAUUAACCAAAUUUUAAUUAAAGAUCCUAACAAAAGAAUAAGUUUAGAUAAAGCUUAUGGACAUCCUUUUAUAUAAAAUAAUUUAAGAAAAAACCAAAAUUAGUUAAAUUAAAUUAAUGA